AUGCAGAAAUGGGAAUCCCAGGGUAGGAUUCCCGUCGUACUGCUCCAGAAGGGAGACCGAAUACUGACUUCCGCCAGCAUUUUUAAAGAAAUCGGCAAGGGUGAGCGGGUCGCGUUAGCAAAGCUCGCCAUAGACCAUCUCGAGCUCUCACAGCGCCCCCUUCGAAUCGCUAUUGACGCGGCAAUAUGGAACUUCCAGACCCAGGCCGGCCAGGGUGGGAAGAACCCUGCUUUGAGAACCCUAUUUUACCGCCUUGUGAAAUUGCUCGCCUUGCCCAUUGAUCCCGUUUUUGUCUACGAUGGCAAGAACAAACCCCUCACCAAGCGAGGAAAGACCGUUUCGAGAUAUGGUUCUUGUGUAUCGAACGAGCUGUCAAAACGGCUCGUCCAAGCCUUCCGCUUUCCUUACCACACCGCACCAGGUGAGGCCGAGGCGGAAUGUGCUAUGUUGCAGAGGAAAGGCGUUGUCGACGCCGUUAUGAGUCAAGAUGUCGAUGCAAUCAUGUUUGGCUCAGCCCUGACCUUGAGAGAUUGGUCAUACGAAGCUUCUAAGCACAACAAAUCUCCAACCCAUGUGAACGUGUUCGACCUCCCGCGAAUCAAGCGUCUAUCAGGGCUGGACCCUGAUGGCAUGAUCCUGGUUGCUCUUUUGAGCGGUGGCGAUUACGACGAAGCCGGCGUGACCGGCAUCGGGUCGACACUGGCCUGUGAGAUAGCCAGGGCUGGCUUUGGGAGUGACCUCGUGGAUCUGGUGCGCCAAACCGAUGAAGCUGGUCUUCAGGAGUGGAGGGAACGACUUGAAUUCGAACUUCAGACCAACGAGAGUGGGUACUUCAAAAUGAGACGCAAAACUUUGAGAAUUCCUGAGUCAUUUCCAAAUCGAGAGAUCUUGGGCUAUUACUUGAAUCCCGCAGUCACGCCUGAGGAUCAACUACCAAUUCUGGAGAUGAAAUGGCUCAAAGAGUGGGAGUCUGUCAUCGAUAUCCAGGCACUGAGGAGCUACGUCGGAGAAACCUUUGACUGGCUCUACAAACCAGGGGCAUGGAAAUUGAUUCGAGUCAUUGCACCGGCCUUGCUCGCCAAUGGAUUACGGCGCGGUGCCGCCACGUCCCAUAUUCGCUCGGUCGAGCAGAUCACAGAACGCCGAAAGGACUUUGUCAGCGACGGUAUCCCGGAAUUGCGAGUGACCGUGAUCCCGGCUGAAAUCGUGGGUAUCGAUCUCGAUGCAGAAGAGGACAACCAUGAAGACCUAGAGAGUCUUGCUGCAAAUGAGAAUGAUGAGGCCGACAAAGGUAGCAACGUCGGUGAUGAUAUUAACGCCGCGUCCAGUCCUUCGAAGAGGCCGAAGGCUCAUCCAUGGCUGCCCACUGCCCCAGAGAAGAUGUGGAUUGCCGAGACUAUUGUUGAUAUCGGCGCCCGCGAGCAUACGGACAGAUGGCGGCAAAUCCAGGCGGAAAGAGAAGCCGACCCAAAGAAAUUCGCCACUCGCAAGACUCGAAAGCAGAAGGAGGUUCGAAAAAAUAAAGAUACCGGUGUCAAGGAGGCUGGUGCGCUCCUGAAUUACGUCGUUGGGUCAAAAGUGUCUGGCGACAAAGAUAUCUCAGCAGAUAAGGCCUCAGCGCUGCCAUCCCCUACACGCAGAGCACACACUAGUGUUCACCGGCUGUCCACUGCUACGCCCCAACUCCAGUCCACUCAACCCUCGAAAGCAAGGCCGCCAACCAUGCAAGAUUUUUUCAAACCCAGCAAAAGCCAGCAUGUCCUGGAUGCUGUAGGAAAGGUGUCGAAAUGCUCAAACCCUGUGGUGGCUACCGACUCCGACUCGAUUAUUCCAUCGCCAGGCCCAAAGCCAGUGGCGCUGGAACAACCCUCCCUAGAAGAGCCAAUCCUUGUGUCGUCGUCACCAGUGCCAAGGGCAGUCCGCAAGAUUGGAGCUCCGUGCAUUGAAGACGCGAUCGGAGGACCUGAUGAUAUCUCGCACACCGUGAUACAGCGCAGGAGUAGAGGGCAAACGAAGCGAGGCGCUACGUUGAUGGCACCUGAACCGACAAGCAGCAUCAGAGAACGUCCACCCAUGCCCACCAGUCCUGCCAGGUCGAAACGGACUAUUGAGAGCUUCUUUGCUCCUUAUAUAACUGCGACACAGCAGAAGCCAGUCUGCGCGGAGAUUGCUUCCAGCCAGGUAACAAAAGCCUCGGCUGUCAUCCCACCCGACCUCACCAGAGGGUUAGAGACAAGCCCCUCGACCAGACAUGCCCAUCCAGUCCCUCGUUCAAGUCUCCCAGGGACCUGGAGGGAAGAGGACAGCGUUGAUGGCCCGGUUAGCCAGCGGAAGUCGUCAAGACGCCCUCCACGGGUGAGCAUAGUCGACUUGACCGAGGGUUGA